CAGCUUCCGGCGCCGUCUUUUCCCAGCAUUCUUUGUUUACUUCCAGGUUUAGUAAUAGUGAAGGGAGAACGUGAGUAGGGUUGGGUUACGGUUGAGGGCUUUGGGGGUCUUGCUGCGCCCGCCACCCCCUGGGGCCGGGGUAGAGGGCUCUCCGGGACGGAGUGAGGCUGCGGUGCCCCGGGAGGCUGCCUCUCAAGAGUGCUAUCAUUUCGGCAGGCCAGGCCAGAGAGGGGAGUUCGGGUACCACCCAGCGCCCCUCUCCCGCUCCCCGCAGGCCUUCGUCCCCGCCAUGGCCGAUCUAAUCCAGAAGAAGCUACAGGGAGAAGUGGAGAAAUAUCAGCAGCUACAGAAGGACUUGAGUAAAUCCAUGUCGGGGCGGCAGAAGCUUGAGGCCCAACUAACAGAAAAUAAUAUCGUGAAGGAGGAGCUAGCCCUGCUAGAUGGGUCCAACGUGGUCUUUAAACUUCUGGGUCCUGUACUGGUCAAACAGGAGCUGGGAGAGGCUCGGGCGACCGUGGGGAAGAGGCUGGACUAUAUCACAGCUGAAAUUAAGCGAUAUGAAUCCCAGCUCCGGGACCUCGAACGGCAGUCAGAGCAACAGAGGGAGACCCUGGCUCAGCUGCAGCAGGAGUUCCAGCGGGCGCAGGCAGCCAAGGCAGGGGCUUCUGGGAAGGCCUGACCCCUUGGUGGGGGGGGAGGGGAGGGGAGGGAAUGAGGCAGCUCUAGGGUCUAUACUGUAGCUAAUAAAAUGUGAAAACACCUGGCUGUUUUCUGACCAGCCACUUUCUGUCAUAAUUGUCUCCAUCCGUUCCCUGGGCCCCUUCCACUUUAUUUAUACACCACGUAUAUUACUCUAUCAGGUCCAAGGUCUUGUAACUGGAAUCUCUCUGCAGCAGAGUAAUCCUUCCUUCUUUCCUGAGACUAAAAUCUGAAAUGUUUCAAACCUACUUCUUGCCUGUAUAUACAACCCUUAAUUCUUCCUUAUCUUGGUUGGCACACCCUUUCAGGAAACAUGAGAAGAGCAUUUACAACACAAUUGUUGGGAAGGCUGGUUUAAUUGCAGAACUCACAGUAAUAUAAACUGAGACCCC